AUGGAUGACUUUGGCUGUGAGCUGCAGCCCCUGAGCUCCCUUGGGAGCGAAACCGACGCUUCGCAGGCAUCUUGGCUGCGCCCCAAAGUGGCGUGCGGCCGCCGGACGCUCGGGGCGCUGGGUCUGGGAACUGUCCUCCUGGCAGCUGUGCUGCUGUGGCCACGCCAGGCAGCUGCCAUUGAGUCCCAGCCGGAGAUGGAGCUCAUUGAGUCCUGGGAGGAUCUGCCAGGCAUUGAGGAAGUGGUGCGAGAAGCACAGGAGCUGCCGAUACAGCAAGUGACUCUUCCAAAUGAAUGGAACCUCACCGAAUGUGUCAUUGAUGGGUUUCAGGCGAUGACCUACCUGGGCACCGCUGUGCUGGAGCUCUACCAGGUCGCUCGCAUCAAAGGAUCGCGCUGCCCCGACGACUCCCCAGCCGGAUGCGCGGCGAGCGUGGCGGGAAUCUUUGCUGCCAUAUCCUGGGUCGGAGCCUACCUCUCCAUGGCUGCCAAUGCAUGCGUUGCGGCGGGUGAUACGAAGGCCAACUGUGCCAACGAUUGGCUCACCUUCAUGGCCUCGCUGUCUGAAGUCGCGGUAGCUGGGGCUACGGUUUCCGAGGACUGCAACUUCGAUAAAGAUUGGUUGAAACUCCUGAAAAUCACCAAGGAGGAGGAACCUGGGUGGAAGAAAUUUGUUCCAGCAGCAGCAGGGCCCAAAGUCGACACGGUGAUCAAGUUCGACAAAUUGAACCGGGCGCAUGAAGUCCGGAAUUUCAACUGGGCCGUGUGCGCCUUUGAUGUCUCGAAUUCAUUGGCCUACAUCGUGCGAGAGGUGAUCCAGAUCAAACAAGCCGUGCAAGCCUGCCCGGAUCCGUACAAUUGCGCCAUCUCUAUCUUGAACGUCCUUGCUUCGUUUGGCUGGAUCGUUCGCUUUGGUUCGGUGAUGGCCGUUGACUGCACCAACGAUGAAAACCAGCGAGUGACGUGUGCCUCAGAUAUCGCGGAAAUGUUUGCGGGCCUGGUGAAUCUACCAGCCAAUGGUAUGGCGUCCACUGGAGAUUGCGCCUUCUGA